AUGGCAACAACCACAGCAAUGAGAAUGAGAAUGGUUAUAUCUAGAAGUACAUGUAGCAACCUCCUGAUCUCGCUUUUCUAUUCGUGUCUGUGUUUGAUUGCGUGUCUUCCGACGAUUUUGGGUUCUCACUUUUCGACUGGCGACGAGAAUGUGUUUGGUAUGAACCUGGAGGCGUGCAGUACCGAAGGCAUGGCGGUUACGGGCCUCGAACGUGAUGGUCGUUGUGCCCAUCUCCAAUUCGACUCGAGAUCGCAUCCGAUUUGUGUCGAUCUCUCCACGUUUCCAACGUUUGAAACGGCGCCGGACGACGAGGUUGAGAUCUACGAGGAUGAACAAGGCGAGAAUAUUGAUGACGACGAUGACGACGACGAUGACGACGAAAGUCUAGACGAAAACCAUCGCCAGUUGUCCUUCUUUUCCUUCUUUCGAAACAAAAAGAAAGAGCAAUCCAAGGGACCAAAGGAAAACUUUUUUACACUCACGGGACAACCUAACUGGAUGCAAGAGCCAAUGCCAUGUACGGAUGAUCCACAAGAACAGUGCCCUAUACAGCAUUGGUGCGUCAAUGAGCGCGCCUUCGCAUUCUUUAUCGAACGAGUUGGAGGAUGCCACAACGUUGGAAACGUAGUUUGUUCGGCAACGAACUUGGCUGUCCUGGACGCCUACCAGAACGCUCUCGAGAAUAGCCAUGGAGGAGAAAAGGCGAAGGCUGCCUUGAAGUGUCUCAAAACCAAAUGUUGGAUAUGA